GUGGGUUAGGAGGUGUGACCCCUAAACUGGAAGCGUGGCUGAUUUAUUUUUUCAGUUCUGAUUAUAAUGAGCUUGGGAGUGUAGCAAUUACCUCCCACCACAGGGGGCGCUCAGAACAACCGGUCACCCAAUAGGGACACGAUCUGUUUUAUUUAUCAGAGACUACAUCCUGUAGCUCUCAGCUCGUCUGUUUUCCAUUUGUUGCUGAGUUUUUGCAGCUGGAAGUCUGCCUUUAUUUUCACUGCACUGCACCGAAUAUCAACCAGAUUUUCUCUCGCACAUAUCUGUGAAGGCCCUUAAAGGAGUUCCGCCGGGCAGCGAUUCCAGGAUAACGCUGGCGGGAUUUGACGUUAGCUCACACCGUUAGCCCUCUGCUGUGAACCGGAUCCGGACAGAGUUUUUCUCUCUGCGUAUCUCACCACAAACAGAAGACUGAAGUUAUGAUGGCGAGUGAAAAUGCUGACGCCAACGCGGGGAACGAUGAGGAAACGGGUCCCUCAGCCGAAUCUAACGAGCACGACUAUGCCCACACUGCAGACACAAACUUGGCGAGCUCUUCCACCAAUCCUCCGGGAGAGCCCGUGCAGAGCGUCCUGGUGCAGCCCUCUGAGUCCCUGCAAAUGGAGCUUCCAGAACCCACUGUGGGUGCAGAGGUAGACUGCCCUGUUGGGAAUGAAGUGGAGGCACAGACCGGAGUACACCCCCAAAAGGCUGAAGACUCUCAGUUGGCUGCUCCGGCGGUCCAUCGCGGAGGUCCGCGGCGAGUGAGGCGGCCGGAGGACAAAAACUGCUCCUGCUGCAGGCUCGAGUUCGAGCGGCACGGUCGGUCCUUCAACCGGAGGGCGGUGUACACGUUCACCUCCCCGGAAACUGUGCACUGGGCCUUCCCGGGCUGCGUGGUCCACGAAAAGUCCUUCCUGUGCGAGACGUGCGCGCAGGUGAUCCGGAGCAAAUGCAAACGCAAACAGAGCGGGAAACGGAAUCUGUGGCUGAAGCCGCCUCCGACUAAACCGUCGCAGGUGAAUGAUAAGAAGGCGGCAGGUUGCAGGAUGGGGAAAAAGAGCAAAGCAGCGCUGCUUGUUAGCAAGUCCAGCUACAAAGCUGCUUUCCAAAUGCUCUGGUCCUCUAAAGGUGCCCGGAAACCCAUGAUGGAGUUCUGGAGCAAACAGCUGAAAAAUGAGAUGAAGACGCUGUCGCGACUGUCAGACAAUCCCUUCCAUCAGAAGGUAUCUGGGAAAAAACCGCUGUCGUCCUUCCCCUGGCGGCGAUGUCUGAACUGGGUUCAGGAAAAGGCUCCGCUUGUCACCACGUGCCUCCGCUCACUGUUCCCAGACAUCAAUGCCCUCUACAAGAGCAACAGCCAGCUGACAGAGGAGCAGGCUUUCAUGCUGCUGGAGCGACGGACUGUGGUGGCGCUCUCCAUCCCUCUCUUCACCAGGAACAUCUGGAAGAACAACUUCCUGCAGGCCGCUCUGGGGGCUGAGCUCCGCCUGCAGGGCUGCUCCGGGUCCGCCCUUGAAAUCCUCAACACUAUGGGCCUGUGCCAGAACAAAGACACCGUCAGGUUGCUGCUGCACAGACUGCGAAAUGGCAAAGACAUGGAUGGAGACGCCGGGAUGAACGCUAAAGAAGAGCAACUGAAAGAACAGAUGGGAGAAGUGAUGACAGAUGAGGAGGAAGAGGAAGAAGAGAAAGAUGAGGAGGAGGAAGAUGAUGACAAUGAAGAGGAGGAGGAAGAGGAGGAAAUGGUGAUGGCAGUAGAAGAGGAGGUAGUUGAAGAGGAAGUGCAGGACGGGAUGCAAGAGGAGGAAGAGGUUGAGGAGGAUCGUGCAGAGGAGGAAAAAGAAGAAAAGAAGAGAAAGAAGAGGGCGAAAAAGCAGAGGAAGGAGGAGAAGAGGAAGGAGAGAGUGAAACGAAAGGCAAAGGAGCAGCAGCAGGAGGAGGAUGACGACGAUGAUGAUGAUGAUGAUGAUGAGGACUCGGAGCAGAAAAAGAAGAGGGUGGUGGUUGUGAGGCUCGGAUUGCUGAAGGGACACUCGGAGGUCGGACGAUCAGAUCUGUCAGCUCCUUAAGACUGCAGGCCCCUCCUCCAAUCAGAGAGCAGCACAGAGUCCCCGCCCUCUUCCCUGGCAUGGUUAGUAACUGUAGAGGGAAAGUAAUAAGAGCUUUACUAUAAAUGCUCUGUUUCAGUUUGAGCCCAAGAACACAAAAACUGCUCCAAUGUGACUAACAGCAAAACACCCACAGCUGAUCAAUUAUGACUGAAAAUCAACAAAUUCUUCCUUUCAUUUUAACUCAUAGCAAAUUAAAGAAAAUUCAGAUUUAAAAAGGAAAAUAACAAAUUUGGCUCAAAUCACAAGAACAGCAACAGGAUGAAGUACAAUGACCUAGAGAAUAAAAGAGUAAAAAACACUGGGCCUCUUGCUCUUUUAGUUUGAAGAUUAAAGUAAUUAUUCCACAUGAUAUUGAAAUAUUAUGUUAGUAAAGUCAAAUAUAGCAACAGAAAAUAAACGUUAUGAGAAUAAAGUCAUUUUGUUUUGAUUAUUUGUUAGUUGAUCGUGCUUUAAGGUUUUGCACUCGGUCACAAGUUUUCACAUUAAAACCAAAAUAUUCUCUUUAUAGUAUUUUGAACUUUUAGUAGCAGAAGAUGAGAUGCUGCUAAACAUUGAACAGCGCUCUCUGUCAGGAAACUCUGUUAAGCUAGUUCAUUGAUUUACUGCCAAAUUCCAUUCACCAAAACUUUAAUGUUAGUCAUCCAAAAGCUGUAUAUAGAGCGGCUAGGGCCACUUCAGAGUCUCAGAUUAGCACAAGUGAGGCCUAGCAGGCAGCGAUUGGUUACACCUGGCUUUGUUUCCGUAGCUUCCCACUCUAACUGUAUGCCUAACAAUCUCCAAAACUACCAGUUCUAUCAAAACCCACUGCUUAUAAAGUUGAUACAAAGUGGAAAACUAUCCAUUACAGACCAAAACAUGUUUUUAUUUGUUGUAAAGUCAUCCAUUUAACAAUAUGACUCUAUGGGGAUUGGCUCGUGUUUGGAGACAGCCUCAAGUGGCCAGCACAUUUUUAUUCUCAUUACAUUAUGGCUUGAUUCUCAUAACACUGAAUCUUUUUCUGCUCAUAAGAUUUACACUUAAACACACCUUAACUUUCAGUAAAGUCCGAGCAGUUCCCUCCAUGGAGUUUUUCUUAAAUUCUGGAUAUCUAUUGAAUCUCAAAGCACUUCCCUGUAAUUACGCAGUUACUCUUACAAAAAAAAAAUAAACUGCUUGUGAUGCCAUGUAAAAUGCAUGAGAGGGGGGUACAAGCUGCACUUUUAGCUUCAGAGAGACUGGAUAUCCUCAACCACUUUGACUAAAGCCAUCAGUGACCGUCGUGGACUCCGUGUUCAUUGGACUGUCAGAGCUAUCAGGAGGUGAAAAUUUUCUAAUCCUGCUGCUGUUACGCCAUCUUUAUUUUUACAAACUGGCAGGAGAAGAUUGUGCGAGUUUGAUUCUGAACACUGUGACGUCUCAAAGGACUGAGGCUGGGAGCGGAGUAGAUCCACACCCGAGAAAAGGACCUGGACUUUUUGUUAGCUUUGAUGAACCAAACUGAAGCGAUCGAAGGCUUUGGUGUGCUUGUUUGAUGCACAGCGAAGCUUUUAUGCAUCGUUUCUUCGUGUCAUGCUGGACCGAUGGCAGGAUUGCAGAUUCGGGCGCCUGCAGACAUCAUAGCCACUGAGUAACCAUUAAAACAGACUUUCAGUGGUAGUUAGUGUUCUUAUGUUUGGUUUUCAGGAGAUUGUUUAAUGUAUCAGAGCUUUUAGAGGAACUUUUUUGGCACGACACGAACACAGUGGGAAAUGUGUAAAAAGCCUUUAAAGAUGUGAUAAAUACCAAAAAAAGUUCCUUAGACUGUAAUUUCAGUGAAGUUUACUAAUAAGUUUCAGAAAAGAUAAUUUUUUGCACUUCGGUCCUGAUUACAGUGGAAAUGAAUGUUAGAUAGGUUUGGGGGGGUUUUUUGUAACUGUAAUUUGAACCAGAGUGUGAUGUUCUUUUCAUGGGAUUAUUACAAAGUCAAAGACCUGUAACAUUUAAGAGUUUAUAAAUGAUGAUCUGUUUGCUCAGUUCAGUCUGAGAGCUUCCUGAAGCAGGACACUCUGUAACUCGCUCUGAUUUGUAACGAGGUUUGGUCCGUUGGGGUUUCUCAGAGUCUCAGAGAUGGUUUUUAUUUUUAUGUUUAAGUUGUAGAUCGCUGUGUUUCCCGACUGAUCUCAGAUCUGACGCUCAGACAGGGGAAGCACAGCGAGUCUGAAACUGAGAUUCUUACUGCAAAAAGUUAACCAAUAAAAAUGUUUAAGGCUA